ACAACAUCCUGGGCCUGUGACGGAUUGAGUUGCCAUCACAACAAUUGCCCCUUUUCCAGCUGGCCUUUUGUGUUUGAGGCCAGAUUGGGCUUUGCCAGACUUCAUUCUGAAGAGCAAAAAUGCACUCUGCGUGAGCGGGCAUUUGUACAACUCUUCUGUGGCUAAACCGGGGAUCCAAUACCGCUUGUCGAUAAGAUCAACCACCUGGGCCCCCAAGGUGCCCGCCAAGGCUUGCUUCCCGUCUCCGAGACUGUACAUACAUACAUCAUUCUCGACUUGUCUCUGACUCCUACGACGACCCUGUACCCGAUUCUGACUGUCGAACUUGCGCUUCGCUGCGCCGGCGGAUUCCAGCAACAUGUCUUUUCUGUUUGGGCGGACGCGCACAAGGACCAAUGCGACCGACCUGCCCAAGCAGGCGAGGGAGCAUAUCUCCAAGUUGGAGGGACCGCAAGGAGGGCCAAAGGUAAACAUUGAUGAUUCUACAAUGCGCCCAACAGAUCUAACCAGCCCAACACAGGCAGAUGAGCUAGCAAAGGUUCUAUCGCAAAUCAAAAUGGUUCUCCAAGGCACUCCCGAAGCCGAACCCUCCCCCGAACAUAUCUACCAAUUGAUCACCGGUAUGAUCGAAGAAGAUGUCCUCUACCUCCUCGCCGCCAACCUCCACCGUCUCCCCUUCGAAUCUCGAAAAGACACCCAAGUCAUCUUCUCCUACAUCUUCCGGUUCCGCACCCCCGCCGGCGUUCAGAAACCCGAACCCUUGGCCCUGGCCUGGGUGGUAGAAAAGAGACCGCAAGUACUGGUCGAGCUAUGCAAGUCGUACGAUCACAAGGAGAGCGCUACGCCGGCUGGGACAAUACUGCGCGAGGUUCUCAAAAAUGAGGCCGCCGCUGCGGUGAUACUGUACGACGACGGCGACGAGAUGGGGUCCAGCUCGAGGGGCUUGGGCGCUAUCAACCCCGAAAGGCCACAAACUGGCAACGGGGUUUUCUGGAAGUUUUUUGAGUGGAUAGAUAAGAGCUCUUUUGAGGUGGCGGCGGAUGCUUUUACCACGUUUAGAGAACUCCUCACGAAACACAAAGAACUCGUCCCAAAAUACCUCGCCGUCAACUUUGACCUCUUUUUCUCUCGGUACAACUCGGUCCUGGUUCAAUCCAACAGCUACGUCACUAAGCGGCAAUCGAUCAAACUGCUCGGCGAGAUAUUGCUCGACCGAUCAAACUACAACGUCAUGACCGCCUACGUCGACAGGGGGGAGCACCUGAAGAUCUGCAUGAACUUGCUCAGAGACGACCGGAAAAUGGUGCAGUAUGAGGGGUUCCACGUUUUCAAAGUCUUUGUGGCGAACCCGCACAAGAGCGUGCCGGUGCAGAAGAUAUUGCUGAUGAACAGGGAGAAGUUGCUGCACUUUUUGAGUCAUUUUCUAGAGGACAGGACGGAUGAUGAGCAGUUUAUUGACGAGAGGGAGUUUUUGAUCAAGCAGAUUAGGAACAUGCCGAGUCAGCCUGUUCAGCCGCAACAUCGGUAGGGCCGAGGUGGUGGUGGUGAGGAGGGGCGGCAGCACUAUCAGCAGCAGUAUCGGGAGUAUCAGGAGCAGCGGGGGAGGUGUCUGCAGCAGCAGUGUGAGCAGCAGGAGAGGCGCCAGCAGCAGCAGCAGCAGCAGCAGCAGAGGCGGGUUUAAAGGUGUCUAGGUUGGUUGGGAUUGUUUGGGAUGGAUGGAUUGACAUUGGUGGAAAUCAAAUUGGGUUGUUGUUGUUUGGUUGGUUUUGUUUGUGUAGUGAUGGAUCGAUGGGCCCCGGUUAGGGUGGGCUGGUUGUUCGGUUGGGUUGGGUUUUUAGGUGUUGGGUUUUUGCAUCAUGUGAGAAGAUGGGAGGAGUUUUUUUAGGGAGUGUGUGAAAAAGAAAUAAACGGUAAUAUAAUUACCUCGAGAGUAAGGGAGAGAAAGAGAUAAAGUACUACUGGGACAGACAGAUACAACAAUCAUUGUGGUCUUACUGUAGGGGGGAGGUUUGGAGAAAAGGGUAACUUGUGUAGUUUGCAUUGUCAGAUAAGAGGAGACGAUGGGGCCUGGUACCUGGUAGAGAUACUGUAGAUAGUUUUCAACUAUAACGUUCCCAAUAUGACCACUGA